ACUUACUCUGGUUAAUCAGUUGUAAAGAAAAUGCGUUUCUUUUGUCUAAUACUGUGUUUGGCUCAGUUUCAAGUACAAGCCUCCGAUUGGUUUAACAGAACCGUUCGAGUGGAUCUGAUUGUUAACAGCAACGGUAGAGCUUACGAUUCACAAUACGACUCGCUUGAACUAUCGAAGGAACUUUCAAGCGGGUUGAUAGCAACAAAUGGACAAUAUCCUUGGAGUAUUUAUUCGAUCGCUUGGGCAGAUCUUGGACAAGGGAGUCGUCAUGGACAAAUGUGUUUGAGCACAAUUAUCAGUAAUAACUUUUUCGUUACUGAUUUCCUUUGUGUUGGUCACCGCUUAACUACUGUGGCUAACUCUAUUGAAACAUAUUUUGGUUCCACUCCAUUGAUCUUAUUUCUAUUACCGACGAAUUAUGUGCGACAUUAUUGGUACAUCCAACCAAAACCAGAAGAUAGUCCCAGACUUGUGUAGCGCUAAAACGAAAGCCG